AUGAGUGGACCAUUAAUAAUUGAUUGUCUAGAAACAGACUGCUUUUGUUGGCUAAGCUUUCAGUGUUUCAGUGUGAAGCAUAAGCGGUGUACCUUCUACAUUAUUUUUCUACCAAAUAACAAUACGAAUAAUGGGAAAAUGAUGAAAACGCCUGUGCCAAGUAUUGACAGCGUGAGAGUAGCAGUACGAGUGCGGCCUUUUAGUCAGAGAGAGAAGAAUUCUGGGAGCAAAUGUGUGAUUUCCAUGCAUUCCAGGACCACCACCAUUAUACAAGACCCUAAGAACCCAGGACAUACGAAGACGUUUACUUUUGACCUGGCGUAUUGGUCUCACAGUGGAUUUCAAAAGGAUAAAGAUGGUGUGUUUAUUUCAGCUGAUCCUGGCAGUAAAUUUGCAGGCCAGAAAGAGGUUUUUCAUGAUCUUGGCAGAGGAAUUCUGGACAGUGCUUGGCAAGGCUAUAAUACUACUCUCUUGGCCUAUGGGCAGACUGGCUCUGGAAAAAGCUAUUCCAUGAUUGGGUUUGGUGCAAACAAGGGUAUCAUUCCAAAUGUGUGCGAAGAGCUAUUUCAAGCAAUUGAGAACCGAGACAAAAAUCAAGAAUACCAGGUUACAUUCAGCAUGCUGGAAAUUUACAACGAACAGGUAAGAGAUUUGCUAUCCAGGACCAAGAAACCCGGAGGGCUAAAAGUAAGGGAGGACCAACAGCUGGGCUUUUAUGUGGAUGGUCUGAAGUCAGUGCCUUGUGAGAACUAUGCCCAGAUUGAAAGACUGAUGGAACAAGGAGCAAAAAUAAGGACCACAGCUCCGACCAGCAUGAAUGCCAGCAGCAGCCGGUCUCACAUGGUCAUCACCAUUCAGUUCAAGCAGGUUUUCCUAGACAGAGACCUCACCAAACAGUCCAGUAUUAACUUGGUAGAUUUAGCUGGAAGUGAAAGACAGAAAUCUUCAGGAUCGGAAGGAGACAGACUGAGGGAAGGAUCACGAGUUAACUUAAGUUUAACCAAUUUAGGAAAUGUCAUCAGUGCUCUGGCUGAUGCAGCCAUGGGGAAGAAAGUCCUCCAUGUUCCCUACAGAGACUCUGUACUGACCAAACUGCUCCAGUCAGCUCUGGGUGGGAACAGCAGAACUACUCUGAUAGCAGCAAUAAGUCCAGCCGACAUCUGCUAUGAGGAAACUUUAUCAACACUAAGAUAUGCUGAAAGGGCUAAGAAGAUCCGGAACAAAGCUGUUGUCAACACUUCCACCCUGAUGAGGGAGUCCAGGGCAGAGAACAACAGACUGCUGCUGGGGUGUGGAAACAGCACAAUGGCAGAGCUGCCAGCCUGUUUACUUGGGCCUCUCACUGACCAGAUAAGCUGGGCGAAGCAGCUGGAGCAGGCCCGGCGGGAAUGGCAGCAGCACUAUGUGGCCAUCGCUCAGGAGCAGCAGAUGAUGAAAACCUUCCCCCACCUUCUCAACGUCAAUGAAGACCCGCAGCUCACAGGGGUUCUCAAGCACUUCAUUCAGGCUGGUUCAUGUGAUGCUGGUCAGGCAGCUUCAAAUGCCAUUACUCUUCAAGGUUUGGGAAUUUCAGAUAAACAUGCUUCCUUCACGAAUUCAGGUGGUAAAGUGACGGUGACUCCAUACAGCAAAUGCAAGGUCAUCGUUAAUGGGGUGCCCAUCACGACCAAGACGAAGCUGCAACAUUUGGACCGGAUUAUUUUGGGAUCCAACAGCGCCUACCUCUACAUCGGGUUUCCUUCUGAGCGAGGCAGUGAGGACUUGAGCAGAUUUGAUUAUGACUUUUUCCAGCUGGAGAGAGCGGCUGCUGAGGGAGUGAGUGCUGACAAGCUCGGUGCUAUGAACAGUGGGGAUGGGAAGGCGGACCCCAGUGUCCUGGCUGUGUUCCAGGACUACGUCAAACUGAUGCCACUGGUUGCAGAAGCAAAUCAAAUGAGCGAAGAGCUGAAGAAGGGACUUAAUAUGGAACUGAAAGUGAAAAAUUUAGCUUCAUCAGAUUCCAGGGGCUGUGACCUACAAAAAGAGGUCACGGUGAAGGUGACCCAUCAAAGGACUCAUCAGGUGUGGAUUUGGUCAAAAGCCAAAUUUAUCAAUAGGAAAUUCCUAAUGGAAGAACUUUACCAGCGUUUUCUUGAUGGAGAAGACAGCCAGGUAGCCCAGGAAGAUGACCCUUUCUGGGAUCCUGUCGAAGUUGUUCACCUGGGUUCUGCUCACAUCUGGCUCCAGUCCCUUGCCUACUGCAUGAAGUUUGAGGAACAAGUGGAAUUUCUGAACUGUGACGGGCUGGAAGAGGCAGUGUUGCAUAUUCACAUAAACCCCUGCUCCUCGACAGGACAAGCACGUGGUGAGGAAGAUGUGGUUACUGACCCAGUGGACCUGCUGGGCAAGAGGAUGGAUUUCCAGAUUCGCCUUGUGCAGUGCCUUGGCACCAAGUGGCUGAAGGAAGAUGCGGAGAGGGGUGUUCAGAUGGGGUACAGAAUUUAUGAUCUUCCAAGCACUUUAUAUACCAAGCCUGUAUGGAAAAUUGUGAAUCCCCAAAUUGAUGAGACUGUCCAAUUUACAACCUUAAAUGCAUCUCAGGAGUUUCUGAAUUAUUUACAGACAAACGCUCUCAUUGUUGAUUUAUGGGGUCUUCAAGAAGGCUGUGCUGAGCUGAGCUGCUCUCAGCUGAACCUCAUGGUCACGGGUGAAGGCCACAUCCUGGUGGACACGAAGAAAACUCCCCCUCUGAUGGACACAGGUCAGGUUACAUCAAACCAGAUACCAGAGCUUUAUCUGAAGCUGCUCAAGUUAGAACAGGAGACGGAACUGCUCAGAAACAUAAACAGAGUCCUCAGAGAGGAAAAUGUGCUUCUUAAAGAAUCUGUUGAGAGAACCAGCUCUAGUCAACAAGGUGAGAGGCCGCUCAAAUCUUGGCGGCCAGCAGCCAGAGAGAUUAAUCAAAUGUGCACCACCCAGCAAGCCAGCUACGACAGAGAAUUCGCCAGAGCUCUUAAAGUGUUCUACCAAAGCAUGAAUGUGGCCAGAGGGCAGUUUCUCAAACUGAGACAUUAUAAACCUCCUGAAGAUGAUCAAAUGCUUCGGCCAUUUGUACACCAACAGUCACAAAUGCUAAAGGACUUUGGGGACCUACUUGAAUCCAGCUUGUGGAAACUGAAAAAUGAUGUUGCUCUUAUAGUGAAACAUAAGAAAGAAUGUUUACUGCAUGUGGAAUAGUGUUCAGUUCAGUUGCUCAGGCCUGUCCGACUCUUCAUGACCCCAUAGACUGCAGCACGCCAGGCUUCCCUGUCAAUCACCAACUCUUGGAGCUUGCUCAAACUCAUGUCCAUCGAGUCAGUGAUACCAUCCAAUCGUCUCAUCCUCUGUCGUCCCCUUCUCCUCAUGCCUUCAAUCUUUCCCAGAGGAUACACCAACUGAAAACAUUUGAGCUUUGAGUUGUCAAGAUUAUUUAAUUAACUUGGCUAUCGGAGCUGAACUGUGGACUCAACCUAGUCAACCCAUUUCUCACUCACACAACUUAUUACACAGCUUUCAAGCAAAAUUCCUUUUUAUUUAAAAUCAUGUAAAAAUGAAUUCAGGCUGAAGGUGAGGUGGAAAAUAUGAGCAGAGAAUGGUUAGCACUCUGAGCAAGAGGAUCAACAGCCUGGAGCUGAAUCCAUGACUAAUCAGUUCUGUGGUUUGGAGCAAGCGAUGUCCCUUCUCUAAGCCUCUUUCCUUAUCUGUUCUUCUUUAAGUUAAAGACCCUCUUUCUUCUAUACAGUUUGUGCAGCUGCUGCUGCUGCUAAGUCACUUCAGUCGUGUCUGACUCUGUGCAACCCCACAGACAGCAGCCCACCAGGCUCCCCUGUCCCUGGGAUUCUCCAGGCAAGAACACUAGAGUGGGUUGCCAUUUCCUUCUUCAAUGCAUGAAAGUGAAAAGUGACAGAGUUGUCUCCUAACAUGAGUAAGAUUCUUAUCAGUUUCAUGCCUCUCACUGUAUUGCAGAAAUUCCAUAAAGGAAAUGGCUGUCCUCUUUACAUGAUGAAUGUAACAGAACACUUAUUUGUGUUUAUGGUAUGAUUACAAAAGGAAAAGUCUUUGCCUUAUUUUUGGGCUUCAGUGGAAAAUGUAGUUAAAUAUAAAAAGUAAAUUAGACAAAACUUUUGCUUAGGUAGUGAAAAUCAGUAGAAACUUACCAGCUACAUCCUUCAAACUAACCACAGGUAUAGAACCAGGGAAAAUG